UGAUAAAAUAUAGAAAAUAAACAUUAGAGAAAUAUGGAGAAAGGCGAAAAUAAUAAUAAAGAAUUUAAACAUAAAACAGAACCUAGCAUAUUGAAUGACAAUAACAUUAUGUCUAAACAAGAGUAUUUUCAAGCCUUAGAUAAAUGGUUGAACCAGAUGAAAUUUGUUGAACGUAUAAAUAAUUGUUUCCCUUAUUAUUUGAUGGCAACUUACCCUCAGAUGUUUACUAACAAUAACAUUGAUUCUUCGGUAAAUGGCCCUCAUCCGGCAAAUCUACCCCGUCAAACUGAACGACCCAACAAUGAUCAACAAGGCAGUGACUUUGAAAUUAUUAGCCGUCUUGGAGGAGUUGAAUAUGUUAUACCACCAGUCUGGAAAAGAUUAGUGGCAGAAUUAAUAGACUUUUUGAUAUUGUUUUUUAUAAAGUUAUCUUUGAUAUAUAUUCUUGUAGAUAUGUUCAACAUUAUUGACUUUGAAAAUUUUGAUAUGUCUAAUAUUCGAGAAAGACUUAAACCUGAUUAUUCCAAUGUAAUAAACAUUACAUCUGAUUUAAUUCUUCUUGAAUGUUUAAAUAGAAUUACCGUUUGUAUAUUUGAGGCAAUAUAUUUACAAAGAGGUGCCAACGGAAGUAUUGGUGGUGCCACACCAGGCAAAAGUGUAAUGGGAUUGCGAGUGAUAUAUGCCACAGCAUUUGUACCAAUACCAGGAAGGGAUGUAGAAACUGUUCUGGUACAUCCAGCAGAAAAUUUAGGAGUUCUUGUAUCUCUUGCUCGAUCCAUUGUGAAAAAUUUGUUACUAGCUAUGUUAUUUCCAAUGUUUUUUGUGAUAUUUUUUUUUAGUUAUAAUCGUACAUGUUAUGACAUGCUGUGCCACUCUUUGGUAGUAGAAUACAAUAGAGAGCAUAUACGCAGACGCCCUUAAAGAUAUGUAGGAUUUUUUUAUCAUUGUGAUACAAAUACAAAAAUUUCUGUAUUAAGAAUGACAAUUUUUAAUAUUUAAUAAAAA